GAACAAUACUAUUAUAUUUCCUGACAAUCCCGGGAAAUCUGCAGAUAUGAAUGUCCAACUACCACCUGCCACCCAUCGAAAACGUAUCCCGCCACAGGGCGAACUCGAAGCAGCAUCGACGCUGAAGCUAGGAGAGGACCAGAACACACAUACGCUGUCCCUGUCGGAGGCGCGACUAGUUAUCAACAAAGUGCUGGAGAAUAAGCGGAGAGGCGGAAAGAAAUAUGAAGAACCUGAGAACCUCACCAAAACGCUGGAUUACCUUGAAGUAUUUGCCCGGUUCAAGGACGAAGAGAAUAUUAAGGCGGUGGAACGGCUUCUGAACUCGCACACGGAGCUGGAGAUGUUUGAGCGGUCUCAGUUAGGGAGCUUAUGUUGCGAUAAUGCAGAAGAAGCCAAAUCGCUCAUCCCGAGCCUCCAGAAUAAGAUUUCCGAUGUGGAUUUACAGGAGCUUCUGGAUGAGUUAACCAAGUUGAGGAAUUUCACGGAAUAAAUGCACUUUCUUUUGUUCUUGUCAGAUGGACUUUCUUUAUUCAUCUUUGCAUAUGGUUAAUGGGCGCAACAUGAUAACAUGGAACCAAAUAUAAAGUUUAAUUUCAGAUUAUGGCGCACGGGGGGAAUGUUGUGAGCUUUUUUGAAGCUGUCUUGGAUAGCAUUAUCCUGCCACAGGAAGGAUGAGAAAACGUGGGUAUUCUCGACACAAGGAAAAAAAAAAUUCUAACUACUUCGAUCGACUACUUUUCUCCCUGUCCCCAAAUUCGCCAACUCUCCUCUCCAACUCCCGGAUCCGCUCCUCCUUCCUCUUCAGCGCAGCCCGCGUGAUAUCCCUCCCCCUCAUUAUCCCCUUUGUCCGCAUAUCAUGUCUGUUCAGGAGCGCGACGAGCUCAUUCCGCGCUCUCUCAGGGAGCGUGACAACGUGCGCGUCCAGAACGGUUAGGGCUUCAAGUGCAAGGUCUGACUGGGUUUCUGUUGUCGUCGGAACUCCUAGUAUCAGCGGCUCUUGGGAAGAAGAAGGGAGGAUGGCGGUAGUGGUAUUCCUGUAUCUGGCGGGAGUUGGGGUCGUUGAGAUUUCGAAGGAGGAUGGAGGAGGGGAGGCUGGUUUGUAUUUACUGGGAUGCGGGGUUGAAAUCGUAUCUGAAGAAUUGAAGCUGUUUGCCGCUGCCGG